AUGUCUGACAAAACAGAAAUCACAGCCAGCGAAGUUAAACCGAAUCCUGAAUAUAUUGGUGCUUUCUCGAACCUAUCACUGGAGUCUUGUCUUCGAUUAAGUUUUCCAGGCGAUCGUUAUCCUGCAUCAACAAUCCACCUGUUUCUCGCAAAAUAUCGUUCACUUCCAUGUGUUUUACAUUGUGCCAGCAAUAUUGAUAGAGGAUUAUUCCAUGUAACAACAAUACGAGGUUAUUUCCAUGAUGAAUUCCAACAUGAUUCAAAUACCGAUCUGAUCACCGGAAAUUUCAAUUGUCUAACAAAUCAAAUGGAAGUCAAUACGUGUUUUUGUGAUUUAAAAAACGGCGUGAUGGUCGAGUUUUCAGAUUUUUAUAUCAAUUCCGACGUCGUUAAAUCACAAUUAAAUGUGGCGNCACAUUUAAUUGUGAUUUAA